AUGCCUCGCUGUAUUUCCCUAGCCGUGCUGGCUCUCGCAAGCUCGGCUGCCGCUGCUCCUGGCCUCAAGGCCGCCCGCCAGACCGGCGACACGGUCAACGCGACGGUCGUGAGCAAUGUCACUCUCUCGCCAAUUCCGGUGCCGACGAAGCCUGAUUGUCUGGUCCCGCAAACCAAUGUGUCCCUGGACUACGGUCUCAACAACACGGACCUCGCUGCAGUCAACGUCACCCUGUCGACCAAUUAUCCUACCAUAUUGCUGGAGACCAUCUCUAAUCUCACCACUGUUGACUGCUCUUCAGAUUCAGUCGCGAUAACUUUUAACAAUGCUGAGGAUCUCAACGAUGCGUAUACACAGUGGUCAUCGCAUGAAAAGCUCUUGCUCAUCACCAACCACAUGGGUGACUGCGACACAGAGUUCGAGCGUGGCUUCUUCUUGGCCGGCACUUAUACGGCAGAUACAUCUAGUCUGACCCUCACUGCCACGGCGGAGAAGACAGAUGUAAACAGCGCCAGCUCCUACAUGAAGACCCAGUUCCACGGCCUACCCGCAGCAAGCUCCGCGGACCCAACCAGACGAGACAUCAUCAUCGACCCAGACAAGCUGACAUACAGCAACACCUGGAACCUGCCCUCCCAGGUCCUGUACGAGUACGACCCGUACGUCAAGGUGACCGCCCAGUCGGGCCAGCUGGACCUCUCGGUCGGGCUCAGCGGGUACCUCGAGUUCGACGUCGGCGCGCUGACCCUCGACGCGCUGCACGUCGACUUCGAGACGGCCGUCAGGUCGGACCUGGUCCUCGAGCUGGGCGUGACGGCGCCGUACAACAACACCUUCGCGUACUCGCCCGACGGGCUCGUGUACUACAUCGUCAACGUCCCCGGGAUCAUCACCUUCGGCCCGGAGCUGCUCUUCAGCGUCGGCGCGGACCUCGACGUCGCGGCCGCGGUGGACGUUGCCCUGGACGUCGGCGCCGAGGUCGCCAACGGGACCGUCCACAUCGAUUUUGUCGACUGGAAUUCCACCGCUGCGGCGGGGUGGGAGCCCACGUACCACGCCAACGUGAGCCUCUCCGAGAAGGCUACCGUGGCAGUGAGCCCGUUCGUCUCCUUCACCGUCGGGGUCGAGUUCGAGCUGCUCGGCGGGGCGCUCGACCUCGGCGGCGGCCUGACGCCCAAGGCGAGCUUCCCCACGGCGGUGACGCUUGAUGCUGGCCAGGAUAUUGGCGCUGGCAGUGGGGAGAACACCACGGUGACCCAGCCUGGCGGUGAGGGUGGUAGUGCGGCCGCGUGUACGAAUGGGGCGGCAGUUGUGAGCGAAUUCGAGUUCAGCCUGACGGCCUUUGUGACGCAAUGGUACAACCAGGUGAUUUAUGAUGUGAAGGUGCCAAUCGCGGAGGAAUGCUAUUCUUGGACUUGA